UGCAGCAGAUCAAGCAACGACCAGACACCUCAAUAGCGUCCAAAUCGCUGUUGGAAAACAAGAUGAUCCGGCAAGAUUUUCGCCGAAUUGACCCAAAGAGAAGGGCAACCCUCGACCACAAAAAGAAACAAUUCGCGACUCCGGUCUUCAAGCAACAGGACUAUCCGCAUCGCUUAAACUUCUAUGAAAUCCCCCCGACCGACGAGAUCACCCUCGAACAAUUCGAGCAAUGGGCCAUUGAUCGAUUGAAAGUCUUGGCUGAAAUCGAAGCCUGUUCUUAUCGAAACAAGUCGCCGGCAGAGACCGAAGCGCAUAUCACACCUCACCUCCAAAAAUACCUCCCUCUAUCCUCCAACACAUCCUCCUCCAACGGUGCGGCAGAUCAACGACUGAAAAAUGAACGCCAGAAAGAUCACUACUCCCAUUUCAUCUUACGCCUCGCCUUUUCGGCCACAGAGGAACUCCGUCGGCGUUUCGUGAGAGCCGAAACUAUGCUUUUCAGAUUCCGUUUCCAACGCGACGACACCAGAGAACGACGCGCUUUCAUCGAGAGUCUUAAUCUCGAUUGGGAGCCUGUGGAUGAUGAGGAGAAACAGAGGCUGGCAGAACAAUUGCUCGCCGCCUCCCCGGGUCUACGUCGCAUUGACGAUGAGACCUGGUACAAGGUUGACUGGGAAAAAGUCCCGGAGUUGGUAGAGAAACGGGCAGUUUUCCUAUCCAAGGGGAAAGCGUAUGUGCCUGGUAGGGAGCAACUCAGCAUGAUCAUAGCAGAGUUUACGGCUCGAUUGGAGCGUGCUCUUGAGCUUACAAGCCGGGCGUUGCCGCGCUUGGAUGAAGAUGAUCGCCUCACCCCGAUUCUCAAUCACCUCUCGAAGAACUUUGGAAGCGCCGAGUCGGUGUACACGGAGAACGAAGGAUUUGUUGAUGGCGCCCCGAUUACUGCGAACAACAUCGAUCGACUAUCUCAGCAUUUUCCACUAUGCAUGCGCAGUCUUCACAUGAACCUACGCAAGAACAACCACUUGAAGCAUUACGGACGACUGCAAUAUACCCUCUUCCUCAAGGGAAUUGGAUUGUCGCUGGAGGAGUGUAUUGUUUUUUGGCGUCAAGGCUUCAAAGGGCUCACCGACGACGAAUUCAACUCCCGGUACAAGUACAAUAUCCGCCACGCUUACGGUGAUGUUGGUGGUGAUCAGAACCGCAGAGGCCGGGGAUACCCUCCGUACUCCUGCCAAAAGAUCCUGGGUGAUUCAAACCCGGGAGUUGGACAGACCCAUGGCUGCCCGUACCGCCACUUCUCUGUCGACAAUUUGAUCGGUCUUCUUCAGUCUACAGGAGUCAAUGACAGGGACGUCCUACGUGGUGUGCGAGAGGAUGUCGAGAAAAUGCGGUUCCAUAUCGCUUGCAACAGGGUCUUCGAACAUACCCACAAAGCAGAUAUUAAGAGAGUCAAGGAAGACGGUACAUGGAACCAAACUGACCUCGACACCAUCGUGCACCCCAAUACCUACUUCAAGCGCAGCUUUCUCUUGAAGCAAAUGGGAAAGGCACCCAAGGAUGCCUAACGUCAUUGUGAUAGGUCCACGAAGCCACGUUCCUCUCUUGCAUUUUGGCUGUCGGUUUGCGAAUAUUCCACCAUACGGGCGUUCCGGGUCAGGCUUUUUUCUUUUGGAAAUGGGAGAAUGCGUUUGGUCCCAUUUUGAGGUAGAUAGUUUAUGUAAAUUUAAGAGCAUGGAAUGCACCGAGACAAUUAAUUCGGAGCGCACAUCGAUGGCUCUUUUUACGCGUAAAUCUACCACAGUAACGGUGAUUAAUAAAAGGGCAUGU